CAGGGACUCUUCAGCAGGACCACGAAAGUCCCUCAGUCGUUUAAAAGUAGGAGACAUGGAUUGUUCUGCUCCACUUUGACAUAACCUGCAGCACAGGCAGCUUCUCCAGUCUCUCAUCCAGUCCUCUGUCAGCGGGUCUAACAUCUGUAAUCCAGUCUGUGGAGACUGUGGAGGAGGCAGUGGGAGAAGAUGCUCUCCAGCUGUCAGAUCCUACAGUCUGAAAAUGUGGUGCAUGUCACAUGGCAGAAACAGACGAUGGAUGGGAGGACCAAUCUCGCCAUCAACAAUAUUUUUGGCUCCACGGUGAUCUCAGACUUCAGAGGCAAAGUGGAGGGGAAAGAUGGUGGACUGCACAACAGCUCCAUAGUGAUCAAGAAUGUGACGGAGGAGGAUGAAGGCUGCUACCUCUGCCUCUUCAUCACCAACCCUGCUGGAGCGCUCACUGGCAGAACCUGCAUCAGGGUCUAUGAGCUGCAUGAACCCGUUCUACACGUGAGAGAAUCAAAGACAACUGACGAGUUCGUGGUUUCCUGCUCCGCCACAGGACGACCUGCUCCAACCGUAACUCUCAACAUCACACAGCAAGACUUCGACUUCUCACAGAACAAAACUGUGUUGAUCAACACAAACGGUACAUUCACUGUUACUGCCACAGCCGUGUUGGCAGGUUUCCAUGACGCUGGCACACGGGUUGGAUGUGCCGUGCAGGUGCUCUCCCGUCGUAAAGAGGCGUUUGUGGCGAUUCCUGACGUGAAAGUGACGCCUACCAAUGUCGUGACGUGGAUUGUGGUAGUGACCUUCCUUUGCACUGCUUCAGUCUUCACUGUCCUGUUUACACGAAAACUAAGGAGCAGUCCGUCACACAGAGACAUUGAGAAGACUGAGGUUCCUCAAACUGCAGACGCUGAUACGGUCCAAGAAGCACAGCACACACCAAAGAAGAGUUUGGUCAGAAAACGGUCACCUCCUUCAGAAUCCAAGGAGAGAAAAGAAACAGACCCUGAGUCGUCUUCAAAAUCCAGAAGUCUUCCAUUUGACCAGUAGGUGGACCUCAGGUCUCCACUGAAAGUCCCAUGUUGUCUACUGUAGGCGGAGCUUUUUCAUCCAGAGAUAUUUCAACUUCCUUUUUUAUUUUCAUUUUCCAUCUGUUGCGUGUUAGAAGAGUCUUCAUCCCUCUACUCGUUCAUUUUGACCCCAGCGGGGAUCCCCAGACUUUCUGCAGACUUUAUACUAGGGGCAAAAAAAUGUGGCUGCUUUCAGACGUGCGCUGAACUUCAAAAAUCCUCCUUUUGUGGCAGCUAAUUUUAAAUUAUAAAAACUAGUCAUUCUUAUUUUAAAGUGACAUAAUGUUAAACAGUGCCUUGUUGACUUACAGCAGUUUUAUAUACUGAGGGGAGAGGGAUAUUUAGACUGUUGUUCUGUGGGUGAUGUUUUUCUACUUAUUUUGUUUAAUUUGAUGUUUCCCCACUUUUGUGUUGUUUUCUGAAAAGAGUUUCUGUAUUCUUUCUACAUUCUAAAAUAAUAAAUAUCAGUUUUAUAA